AGCGGCAGUGGAGCAAAGUGCGCUGCGGAGGAAGCUUCUGGAUUCACCGUUAACGCUGAGCUGGAGCUCUGCCAUCCUCACAUCUGGAGCCCGUCUGCUGCUUCACCUUCAAGAAACAAAUACACAAUGCCAAACUGGGGAGGAGGCAACAAGUGUGCAGCGUGCCGUGGAACGGUUUACCACGCCGAGGAGGUGCAGUGUGAUGGGAAGAGUUUCCACAAAUGCUGUUUCCUCUGCAUGGUCUGCAGGAAGGGUUUAGACAGCACCACACUGGCUAUUCAUGACCAGGAGAUCUACUGCAAGUCGUGCUACGGGAAGAAGUACGGCCCUAAAGGCUAUGGCUACGGACAGGGAGCGGGAACACUCAACAUGGACCGAGGAGAGCGACUUGGAAUCAAACCCGAACAGACUCAGACUCACAGACCCACCACCAACCCCAACCCGUCCAAAUUUGCCCAGAAGUUUGGCGGAUCGGAGAAAUGUGCUCGGUGUGGAGACUCUGUCUAUGCAGCUGAGAAGAUCAUGGGUGCAGGGAAGCCGUGGCAUAAGAACUGUUUCCGCUGUGCAAAAUGUGGAAAGAGCCUGGAGUCGACCACCCAGACCGAGAAAGACGGAGAAAUCUACUGCAAAGCAUGCUACGCCAAGAACUUCGGGCCCAAAGGCUUCGGUUUCGGCCAAGGAGCCGGCGCUCUGGUUCACGCUCAGUGAUCAGCAGGAUCCGGCCGACAAUCACUUUUAUACGUUCCUCUUCCCAACAUAAACAUUUCUCAGCCUCCCUCCUUGUGUUUCCUGCCUCGUAUGUUUUUAUUCUGAACUAGGUGCUCUUGAUACGAAUAAAAACAUGAACAGACCAAGUGUUCACAUUUGACUGUAUUUUAUUAUUAAAGCCAUUAAAACUGAA